AUGGCUCACGACAAGAGGAACGAGGAUAACGUCGAAACGAGUUUCUUCCAGGAGGUUGGAGCCAUGAUUCACGGGGGGAAAAUGCACUCGGGGUACUUCUCCUUCGAGGCCGAGCGCAGCCCCGCGCCCGCCCUGGGCUGCGACAAGGCCACGCAGACCCCCAGCCCGCCCUGCCAGGCGCUCAGCCACUGCCUCAGCGCCAUGGCUUCCCGGUGGCGGUCCCGCUCCCCGGGCGAGGAGGUGCAGCCGGAGGUCUGGAUCGCGCAGGAGCUGCGGCGCAUCGGCGACGAGUUCAAUGCCUCCUAUUGUCCCCGCAGGGGGUUGUUGGAGCAGCAGGUGGGGAACCCCCAGGUGGUGAUCCUGCGCCUGCUGCGCUGCAUCAUCCGCCUCAUCUGGAGGCUGCAGUGAGCAGCCCCAGCAGCCACCAGGACUGAAUUCCUCGCUGGGAGCGCCCGGGAAGGACAGACAGACGGGUGGAUGGACACGUGGAUGGAUGUGGGGCUCUGCCCCAGGACACGCGGCAGGAUCCCAUUCCCACAGCAGAGUGGUGUUUACUCCGUGUUUCCCUCCACUCUUUUUAAAUUCAGUUUUUUGGUUUUUGGUUGUUUUUUUUU